UCGACCUCGCAGCUGCUUGCAGCUAGCCUCUCUUCUUCUCUGCUGCUCUGCGUGUACAUGGUGCUAAUCAUCGGCUCAUGAGAACUUGAUCCCGGGCGCGCGGCUAAUCUAGCUAGGGUUCGUAGGAGAAGGAACUGCCGGCCGGCUCUUGCUGAUAAAGAACCAGCCGAUCGAGCGAGAGGCAUCAGCAGCGAGAAGCGUUCUCGGUCGGUCGGUCGCCAUGGACAGCAGCAGCUGGCUCCAUGGCUACAUCGGCAACGCCGGCGGCGGCAACAACGGCUUCAUGUGCGGAUACGCUGUCGGCAGCUGCACCCCUGCCGAGCUGCAGUACAGGGAGGAGGAGCAGCAGCAGUUCCUCAUCAGCGCGCAGAUCCAGCACCACCUGAACCAGAUCAGCAUGCGCAUGAACAUGGACGACGAGGCGUCGGCCUACGACGUGCCUUCCAACGAUGGCGGCGGCGGAGUUUCCCCGCCCGUCGGCGUGCACAACACGAUCGGCGUCGACGGUGGCCUCCUCGACCCGCGCCACGCCGGCAGCUUCCCGUCCUCGUCGUCGUCCUCCUCGCUCUCGCUGCCCUCCGCGUCGCUCUCCUGCAGCCCCGAGAGCUCGGCGCACGUCCUCGCCGCGCCGGGAGCGGCGGCGACUACCGCCUGCAGCCAGUACCUGGAGGUGUCCUCCCAGGUGCCGUUGCCACCCGCGGUGCCCUACGACCACCAACAGUACGCCAACCUCCACGUCCCGGCGCCGGCGGCGGCAAUGGUGCCGGAGCCGCCGGCCACCAACACCGGUGCGUUCAAGCGCUACGCGCGGCACCUCGGCCCCAAGAGGCCGCCCAAGCCGGGCGCGUGCGGCCAGAGGAUGUUCAAGACGGCCAUGUCGGUGCUGUCCAAGAUGCACGCGGCGGCGAGGUAUAGCGCCCAGCAGCAGUACUACUACCAGCAGGCGGCGUCCGCCGAGGCGGCGGCGCCGCCGCCGUCGGUGAACCAGCUGCAGCACAUGUUCUCCGAGCGCAAGCGGCGAGAGAAGCUCAACGACAGCUUCCACGCCCUCAAGGCCGUCCUUCCACCCGGCGCCAAAAAGGACAAGACGUCGAUACUGAUCAGGGCAAGGGAGUACGUGCGGUCUCUCGAGUCCAAGGUGUCCGAGCUCGAGGAGAAGAACAGGUUGCUCGAGACGCGGCUGGUCCGCGGCGACGACAGCAGCGACGACGGCGCCAGCAAAGACGCCGCUGCCGGCAACGACCAUGACUCCGGCGCGAAGGUGCAGGUCGAGAUAACCAGGGCGGCGAAUGAGGAGCGGCCGGCGGUGGCUGAGCCGCGCGACCUCUGCACGCUGAAGAUCGCGGUGAGCUCGCCGUGCAACAUGACGGACGUGGCGGUUCGGACACUGCAGUGCCUGAAAGAACAGAUCGGCGAUGGCGUCAGCCUGGUGGCAAUGAGCACCAGCGGGAGCGCUGAGCCUUCGGAAGCGAAGAACACCACCUCCGCACGAGCUGACCUGACGUUGCAGAUCAAGUCGCCGCCGGGGUGGGAGGAGCAGCCGGUCAAGGACGCCGUGGCGAAGGUCGUCGCCGAUGCGCUGACGCUGCCGCCGGCGGCGCCACGGUGAAUAACAGCACCGCCGUACCAGCCCAUGCAGCUGCAGCGCCCCCGGCCGGCUUCGGCGAGGCUUCGCGUCGUUUCGUUCGUCUGACCAUCGGAACCCUUCAUCGUCGUCGUCAGCUAAUAAUAAUCCGCUCGUGCAGCGAGCACUCACACGGUACCCCAAGCAGGAGGCGACCGCCGCUAACUGAUCGACGACCCGCCCGUCGGCGAGACGUGACACCACCUGACACACCAACCGACCACUAGCAGGAGAGGGGAGGAGGUCAUCGGUGGAGAGCUUAUUGCGUCAUCGAUCAAGAACUCAAGAUUAUUAUUGGUGUGGAGAGCAUGCAUAUAUACGAAGACGAAGUGUCAACCGCCAACGAUGGGACAAUUAUAUUCUUGAUUACUUCCACGCUGGAUGCAUGAUGUUGAUCGGUCGAUGAUGCCGACACGUGAUUACGGGAUGCACAGUGUAGUAGCUAGGCUAGCUGUAAUAAGCAGAGUACUAACAUGUGGUUUGUGCUUAUUGUCAACCUAGGAGCUUUCAACCUUUUGGACUUCAGAUGAUAGAUAAGAGGGGAGUGUGACGACUGUACUUGUAAUUUCGGGGCACAGCAUGUAACCCUUUAAAUUUUGCACUAGUAGCAAACGAGCAGCCUCUCCCUCCCUCUCCUAGUAGAGAGAUGUCCACGCAAAGUCUAUGAAA